AUGUAUGUAUGUGUAUAUGCCCUUAUUUAUAUGAUGAUCAUUCUCGAUAUCAAAAGAAAAAAGCCGACCCAGAUACCUCGUCGGCCAAUAGUCUCACUGGGUUUCGUCAAAAUCCGACUGUGAUAAAGUUAGGCCUCUGUUAGGACCAUGUUCAAGGGGGCGGGAGGCUUGUUUGUUUGACCAGAGGUGGGUGGUUCUCAGAGAGAGGGAGGGAGAGAGAGAGAGAGAGAGUUGGGCUCUUGUGGUUGGCGUGUAACAUCCCCCCCCCACUUCCAACUUGAUCAGGGGGAUCUUAGGAUGUUGAGACCAUAGAGGGCGGACUGGGGCCCAUCGAUGGGGAGAGUCCACGCGGCCGCACGUUCCGUGCCGGCCGGACUUCGAUUCACACGCCGGGGCCGCUGACAGGCCGGCCCCCACCACGGCGUGUCUUUCUAGAACUCUCCCCAGUGGGGGCAAGAAGGGGGACCAUGGUGUCCCCACACGCUUCAAGUCAAUCACUUUGACUCCCAGUCAAACACGGGGUUGGAGAGGGCGGGGGAGUCCACCCAUCGGUCGGCUGACAUCGGUCGUAAGGACGUCGAUCCAAAUAUCCUGAAAUAGUCGACGGUGAUGAUAUAAUCACAGAAAAUUCUUGAUACCACGGGAAUUGGGAGUGCCGUCGCAGGAUUUAGUAUUUUUAUAUGUCAAUGUGUGACAACAAAGGGGAUGAGGAUGCACCCUGCUCUGUGUUUCACACCACCCUUGGAGAGAAAAAAAAAACACAUUUUUAAUUCCCCUCCCUCUUCCUCUUCCCUCCCUCCGUGUGCAAGCCCUUCUUUAUAUGCACCCCCCACAAUCCCAGGUUUCGUCUCACUGAGUUUCUUCUUAUCCCCAGACCCUCCCCCCCUCCCCGGUCUAGGGAGAGAGAGAGAGAGGAGAGAGUCGUUGAAAGAGAGAUGGAGAGAAAGAGCAACCUUUAGAGAGAGAGAGAGAUGUCGUUUGGAGAUGGAUAGAUAAAUAGAUAGAGAGUGAGAAAAGUGUGUGUGUAUGUGUGUGUGUGUGUGAGACAGAGAGAGAGAGAGAGGUGGUCGUGUGGGCGGGGGGUGGAAGCAGCAGCAAUGGUGGUUGCUUCGCCGUCGCCGAUCCGGCAAGAAAAGGUCCGGGCGCUGGGCGUGCCUGUGGUGGACCUUUCGCAGAAGAGCGGCGGUAGGGCGGCGGAGCUGAUGGUGAGGGCCUGCGAGGAGUUUGGUUUCUUCAAGGUUAUCAACCACGGCUUGCCGGUGGAGGUCGUCGCUGGAAUGGAAGCUGAGGCGGUGGGAUUCUUCACCCUGCCACCGGAGGAGAAACAGCGGGCGGGGCCACCGAGCCCACUCGGCUACGGCAGCCGGAGCAUCGGCUUCAAUGGAGACACCGGGGAGGUGGAGUACCUCCUUCUUCCCGCUAACCGCUCCGCCAUCUCUCAGAGAGCUAAUGCCAUCUGCAGCAGCAACCCCGACAAGUUCAGGUGGAGUUGCAGGAAUCUCAUGACCUCUCGCAUGCCUACGUCUCCUUACUGCAAAUGCAUGUUAUCUUGAGCUGUCUUUCUCUCUCCCUCCCUCCCUCCCUCCACAGGGUAAAUAUCUUGCCAACUCAUAUAGGAGCUCUCUCUCUCUCCCCCCCCCUCUCUAUAUGUAUAUGUAUAGAGAGAUCUCCACAUCCAAAAAUCCGAAGUAGAAGACCUACCAACUAGCUUCGAAGCAGUUCUAGUACGGUCAAGGCCCCUCUCUCCGUCCAAAUCCCAAGUAAACGGAUUACCAACCAGCUCUGUGCCAGCACUCGUAUGGUCGAGGACUCUCUCUCUCUCUUUAUCAUUUCAAGGAUAGUAAACGUACUAACUAGUCGGGUAGCAGUAGGAGUAUGGCUAAAGUUAUUUCUCUCUCUGUCAGUAGGAGCUCACAUCAAGGAACUACAAUGCUGGCAAGACAGCUAUGGCAGCCCUGGCCGGCAUGAUUGUCGCGCCAAGCUCCAGGGUGGACGCGUCCCUCCCCCCGUGAGACCUUUACGUACAUGUGUGCGCCCCCCCCCCCCCCGGGUUCUCCUGCCACCUUCACUUUGUUCUCAUUCCGUGACGAAUCAAUAGUCGGUUUUAGAACUUGACAGCUCCUCCCCUACUCUCAGUAGAACAUCCUUAAACCUAUGUAGAUAGAGAGAAGAGGGAAGGAGGGGGGAAGGCGCUCGUUCGAGUUGUGAGUGCAUGGAGUGAGAAAGAGAGGGCGGCAAGAACUCAUGUUCGAAUGAGGAAAGCUCGUCCUCUGCCUCUGUCCCUCUUUUCAGUAUAUUAAUAAUAGGAACGGGGACUGUAGGAAAUCCGUUGGCAGACUCUCUCUCUACCUCUACCUCACAUAUCCGUGAGGCAGUCAUCCAGGGAACAUCCCCGACAAGACCUGUCGAGAGAGAGAGAAUCUGUUGAGGAUGGGUCGGGAACGCUCUGCUCAUCGACAGCUAUGACAAUAUCUAUGAAUUCUCAUCUUUGUUGACGAGGAUCUUGACUGAGAGUUUCGUACAGUUUCUUCUCUGUUAAAUUCUCUGAAAACCGGCGAGGAUUCAGAAGAGCGUCUUCUACUGCAUUCCUUUUGGAGUACUAACAACCUGCAGAUGCUAACUCACGAACUCUUUUGCAGGUGGACCCUUAUCCAAUUGACGCCCUUCUUAUCUCCUCGAGGAGAGCAUCCUCUCUCUCUCUCUCGCUCAUGCAGUCCCCCCGAAUCCUCUCGUCAGAUCUUUCCGUCCAUCUUGUCAAGCCGUGAAUGACCUCAGGGAGAAGGGAGAGAGAGAGAUAGAGAGAGAGAGAGAGAGAGAGAUUCACAAAAGGAAAGGGGCAGCCGAAGGACUCAGCUAUCACCCUGAAGAAUGACCCCCACCACUUUCUCCUUAGCCAUAAAAAGCUAACGGGGGGGUGGGUGGACCUUUCCAUGCUUUGUAGCCAGAUAAAGCCAUUUUUCUCUUGUUCUUGCUUUUCUAUGCUUAGAAGUCUCUGGCCGAUGAGAAUGGGUCGGGAACUUCCAUUUAUCUCUCUUUCUCUCUCUCUCUCUCUCGCUCUCUCUCUCUCUUUCUCACUCCAACGUGCAUACCGAAACAGUCUUUUUCCACCUCUUCUCACUAGAUAUAUAUUUCCCAUUCACUUCCUCUCUCUCUCUCUCUCUCUCUCUCUCUCUCUCUCUCUCUCUCUCUCUCUCUCUCUCUCUCUCUCUCUCUCUCGCUCUCUCUCAGUCACUCACUCACUCUCUCUCUUCUUGCCACUCGACAGCUGCGUGGUGGGCGAGUACGUAGAGGCAGUUAGAGGCCUGGCGUGCGACAUUCUUGAAAUGCUCGGGGGAGGCCUGCGUCUGCCGGACCGCUCAACCUUCGCCAGCCUCGCCGGCGGCGCAGACAGCGACUCUCUCCUCCGCCUCAACUACUAUCCCCCCUGCGGCAACGACAAGGACACAGAAGAGGGCAAAGACAGCCACUGUCGAUCCAGCGGCGGCGACGCCGCCGUGGUGGGUUUUGGUGAGCAUACAGAUCCUCAAGUCGUCACCCUCCUCCGAUCAAACGACGCCCCCGGGUUACAAGUCCUCUUCCCCCCCGACGCCAGCGACGGCGGCGGCGGCGGCGGCGGCGUAUGGGUCCCUGUGCCCCCCGACCCCUCCGCCUUCUUCAUCAUCGUUGGCGACGUCCUCCAGGUUGACCUCCCUCCCUCCCUCUAACUCCCAUUUCUCGCCCUCAUUUUCUCUAAGCACCUUCAAAGCGAAGAAAUUAAGUGAAGCCUUCUCUUCUCUCAAGGAUAUAUAAACGCAUGUCAUCCAACUCUUGUGGGGCUCUCUUUCUAUCCCUGGUGCAGGCGAUGACGAACGGGAGGCUGCUGAGCGCAAGGCACAGGGCGGUGGUGAGCGCCGCAAAAGCGAGGCUGUCGACAGUGUACUUCGCGGCGCCGCCGCUGCAGGCGCGGAUAGCGCCGCUGCCGGAGAUGGUUGCCACACGCCGGCCAUGCCUGUACAAGGCUUUCACGUGGGGCGAGUAUAAGAAGGCCAUGUACACGCUCCGGCUCGGCCACAACCGCCUUGACCUCUUCCGCAAGAAUCCCGACGAAGAACAGGAAGACUGGGUUCCCAGGACACCCCAUGACUGAAGGACUCCCUGUCUGUGUAUGCAUGCUCCUGCUGCGGCUACUCUCUCUCUCUCUCUGGCUGUAUUUAUCUGUCUAUUUUCCUCUUUAGCCCUCUCCCUCUGGGUUUGUAUUUAUCCGAGUUAAUGCCUCUUUGACUCUCCCCUUCGGUUUCUGCAUUCGUCUCUCUCUCUCUCCUUUACCUCUGUUCAUUUCUUGAUAUCCCUCUUCCUGUGUUUGCAUUCAUCUCUCUCUCUCUCCCUCUUUCUGAGUUGAUUAUAUCUCCGGACUCGGGUUUUUCAUGCCGGCCUUCUCUCCCACUGACACCGAGAAGACCAGGUUGCUUCUCUUCAGCAGACAGAGCCCCACCCAGAAAGUUCACUCCAUCCCCCCAGCAAAAGGGAAGAUCUUCCGAAUCUACUCCCGGUAUGAGCUUAGAUUAGUAGAUGAUUAACAAAGUCUCUCGAAUCCUUCCUUUUUAACGCGGUCUUCGAUUGUCUGCUCUCGAGUAUUUCCUUAGAGAGAGAAAGAAGAAAUUUUUACUCAAUUUGGGUAUAGAUGAGAAGUCCGGAAAUAGGCUCGUAGCCAAAACCUAGCGAAUUCCGUGCCUUGCCUGCCCCGACCCACAGCGCCAUAUGCCCGUUGGAGAUGAGGCAUAUCUGAAUUACUUAUGAUCAAAUGAUGAUGAUGAUUAUUAUUAUGGUGGUAAUGGUGUUCAUGAUAAGGAAAUACUGUUUUUCUUGCUGUCCCUCGUAUAACCCACAUCUUCUCUCUCUCUCUCCCCUUUUCUCUCUCUACAAGCUCCACCUUGCGCCUCAAAUGGAUCCGGUUCCGAGCCUCUUAGACUGGCUCUUUCUUGCGAUCCUGACAGGUCCCGAGCUUACAAUUGGUACGCUGGCUCAGACUGGGCUCGGCAAGGUCCGGCCCGUCGACAGCCAGAUUCCUUACCCUACAUGGCUGGAUAUCAUAUAAAACCUUCUAUCACCCCGUGUCAAACAAUACUUAAAAAAGAAAAAUAUUCCUUUCUCUCUCUCUCUCUCCGGUCCUCACUUUCUCUUUCCGUGUCUCCCUUACGUCCUCUUUCCCUCUCUGCAGGGAGUGCCCCAGCCCCCACAUAGCAGCCGAGCUGUACAGCCCCGGUCAACCUGCUCUUAGAUUCUCUCUACAGAUAUAAGAGAGGGAGAGAGAGAGAGAGAGAGAGAGGCCCACACUAUCAUGUAGAAGCUCUCCACCUUCUCUCUCUGACAGCCGACUUGAGGGUCGAUCCAUACUCUCAGCAUGCACUACGAGCUCAAGAGAUUACCUCUACAAUAGACAGACGGAAUGGUCUUUUAUGAGCUCAAAGGCAGUCAGUAGCACAUCAGUGGGUUUCUCUCUACAAAUUUAAGAACGAGCGUAUGAGCAAGUGUUGGAAACAAAAUGAAUCGGAAAUCACCAACACCAUUUGGAUAAAAACACCUGCUCAAGAGGACCCGACAGCAGGCAGUCGCUCAAGCCUCCUUGAACGAGCCCACACCGGCUCCUUGCCCCCACCCCUGGCAGCGGCUCUCUGCUAAAACACGAGCACGUGGCCAUAGGGGUGGGAUACACCAGGCAUAUGAGUAGAGAGAGAGAGAGAUGUUCUCUCCACCUCCUUUCUCUCUCUAGAGGGAUUAUUUCUCUUACUUUCUAUACAGUAUGAAUGGGGUAUGGGGAAGCUGGCGGAAUUAGACGAGGAUCUGGGACCUGGCGGCAAUCCGGGAGCACCGUUUCCGCCCGCCCUUGUUCAAGCUGCAAGCGCAGCCCUCCAGAAGAUCGAGGUCCUCCUCACAGCUCAGAAUUGAGGCCAUCUCCGGUCUCUCCAGCAGCAUCUUGGAGGUGAGGAAGCCGGCUAUGGUCCACGUCUGGAAAAGCCGGGAUUGCUUACCAAUGAAUCUCCCCGUCCGUGUGUCAUAGUACUCCGGCCACUGGUCGUCGGAGAGCCGCCUCUCAGCCGCCGCCACUGCCCGCUGGGCCAGCUCUGGCCGGCCCAUCUUGAUACAAGCCAGAGUGAACUGCGACACCAUGAAUGAAGAAAUUAAUGAAGAUUGCGGCUUUGAAGAGCCCCCAUUGAUUCGGCUGGCAUGGAUUGAAGUAGUCUCAUACCUGCCAGAGAAGAGUGGGCCAAGAUCCGCCGUUGUGGUAAGACCAGGGCCUGCAAAUUAGGAGAGAUCCCUUCGGUGAGCUUACAAUUCUUCGGAAUAAUUGGUGCCGCAGAAACUCAUCCGAUCUCAUAUAAUUAACAAAACUCAUAUCAUAAGUUGCUGCCAAAUAUUGAUGACGAUCUCAUAACUCAUUAAUUACACGAAUAAAAUCGUGAUGCAUUGAAAUGAUGAAAUCUUCGUAAGAUGAAGCAGAAGGUAGACGAGUGAGGAGUUAUGUGUCUCUCCAUCGAUCCAGAAUAGCAAAAUACUAACGAGAUAAGACCAGGUGAGAAGAGGCUCACGUAUUCUUCGGGUCGCUACCGGUGAUUAUCCGCCACUCAUCAUAUUCCAAGGCGGGGAAGCAAAUCUUGAGGGGCAUCUUCCCAAUCAAAUCAUCCCAUUUCUCCUCGAAGAGGUUGAGGAUGCUCUCUGCCUGCUUCGGGGUGGCCAGGGAGGAAAUGAUCGCCCAGAGAUUCCCCAGAGAGAAGAACCUGAAGUCCAUGUGAGCCGGCUGGAGGUUGCCAAUCAGGUAGCCAGCCUUGUCGGGGACCCAGUCCACCAGCCACGAGGGGAUCUGAUCGGGGUAGAUGUUGAACUUAUUGAUGGCGUCGUGGGAGUACUCCUCCGUCUUGUACCGGUAUAUCUCAUUGAUCUUCUUCAUGUCUACCCAGUAAUAUUCCCUGAUAUGGAAAGACAGCGCGCUGAGCCGGUUGCUGAUGGCCCGGAUCAGAUUCCUUGACCCAUCGUUGAUGGUCAGCAUCUCCCGAGAGAACCUCAGGGCCGAGUAGAACAGUGCCUGAGGAACAGACCCAUCAGUUCAUCUUCUUCGCCAUAAAGAGAAAAAAAUCAGAGGGUGUGUUAUUGAAUGCAUGGGAGAUUUCUCUUGGGUCAUAGUUAAAUAUAUAAGUCGGCACUAAAGAAGCAUUUAACUAAACUAGAUGCCCAGUUGAUCGGAAUUUAAAAAUAAAUAAAAAUGCGCGAAACCCCAAUUAACGAGCUAAAAGAAUCUCACUGCCCCCUCAGGAAAAAAGGGAUUCACGAAUAAUUUCACUGUGAUAUCAUGCUGGCUCAAGAACAGGGAGACCCUUCAAGCAAAUGCCGCAUUUAGGAACUAAUGCUAUCAGAAGACUCGAAAAGGCUGCAGUUUUCUGAUGAAGUCUGCAAAGGAGAAGAUUUGGGAAAACCUUCUUCAUCCCUUCAAAGCUCAAAAACUUGUGCGCAUUUUCCAUUAAUUCUGAAAAGACACAAAUCCCUCCUGUCGGUGCCAUUUUUAAUUAACAAUGCCAACGUAGGAAGAAUAUCUAUAAGAUACAUAUGACAUGAAAUCACACCAAAACUUAUUGGUCAGCCUUUCUUUCUUCACUAAGACACCUGCAUAAAAGCUGUCGAAGGCCACAAUGCCCAGGAAAUUACACUGACCAAAAAGAGGUGCAGCUGAAACAAUUCAUGAAUAUAGUUUCAUAAUGGCUGACGUAAAUGGAAAACCUUGAAGUUGACUUACUUGGAUUUCAAGAGGAUGCCCAUGAAUGCCCAUCCGGCGAUCGAUCAUGCAAGACCCAUCAGUCACCAGCAGUGUAGGGAACAUGUCGAAGCCAUCUGAUAAACAUAAAUUCAUGACCAAUUUAAUCCCUGUUUGGACAUCAACUCUUUCUUGAAGUGCAUAAUCCCCGGUGAUCUUGCCAUACGCUCUCAGUAGGAUGAUCCACCACAAACCUGUGGAAGAUCAAUGUAGGGUCAAAACACAGUUGACUUGUAUGCAGGUCCGCGAAUCAUUGACUAGAGCAAUCAAUCAUCAACUCACCAGAGUCAACUGGAGCCACCCGUCCAAUGGCUGACUCGCCAAAAUCCGGGUCCAAGACUUCCUCAAACGCCUCAUUGCUUCCAUCCAGGGGCACAGUUCUGACCUUAAAGCUCGCUGGCAUCAGCCCCUGGCCUGGGCUGUAGCAAUCCACAGUCUUCUCCCAGCUCUGUAAAUCAGAUGAAAUGAAGGAUAGAUUUAGAAAUUUCAGCGGUGAACAGUGCUUGCACUAGGAAGAAAACCUAUCAGUUGACAGUGUAUCUUCUGUCCGAAGAUCUCAAGCUACAGCGUGGUUCUUUGCUCAAUUGUUCGGGCGUAAAAUCAACACAGGAAAGAUCUAAUCUAAAACCUAAAUGUUUUUGUUAAACAUGGAAACCAAAAAUGGGAAUUUAUGGACCCUAGAUCUGUUAUACCCGGCAUUCAAGGUUGGGAUGAAAUCUCUCCUUUGUGUUCUGCAUUUUAUCCGAAUUGUAAAAUUCAUAAAGAGCAUAAUGGCAUCCAGAGAGCAGGAUAUUUUGAACCCUGGAAACCAGUCAAACCCAGGCCAUCAUAAACACCAGCUAGUUUUUUGGGGAGAUAUUUUUCUUCUGAGAACCCAUUUCCGCCCAAGAAAAUCGAAUUAUUUCCACAGAUUUGGCAAAGUAGGAAUUUUUUCGAAAAAGAACAGGUCCAUCAUCCGGGUAAAAAAAAGCAAGAAAAGUUGGAUCUCCUGAAUCACAAUUAAUAUCGAAGCAAUUUACGAUUUGGGCAAAAAAAAAUUCACCUGUAGUUGCAAGGUGUGGAGGAGGAAGUUUCUGACAAUCUCGCCCUCCCCCUUCAUCAGGAAUGCCAGAGCCGACGGGACGAAGUCACGAAUGAAGACCUGGUCGUAGUUCAGCAGGUUGCUGGCGGUCAACGGGUCAUCCGCCGCCACAGUGCCGACCGGUGACCCGCAGUAAUUCACGACGGCCCUCUCCAGCAGCCGCCACGCUUCCUUCUCCACCUCGGAAACCUCUCUCUCCUUCAGAACAUCCGCCGCCGCCGCCGUCUCCACCACGCUACCCUUUCCAGAUCCCUCCUCCGAGGGCACCGCCUCUUCCACCCUCUCCUCCAGUACCCCAACGUCAUCGGCAAUCCUCUCAAACACCAGGGGCUUCACGGCCAUGCCCUGAUUCAUGUAGAUCCGCUCGAAGGUCUUGUCCCCAGGGACGGACGACGGCUCCGCAGAGGUGGACUGGCGGCGGGCAGCGCCGGACACCGCGUGCGGCGGCGCCGGACCGACGCCCAUCCGCCGCCCCUCAUGGGUACCAUCGAUUCCUCUGCAAGAGAUAACUCCAGUAUAUAGACGAUGCCCAUUACCUGAAGGCAGAAAACCAGGCGAGGAGGAUGAUGACAGGGAGGCACGGGGUGGAAGAAGGAGGAGGAGGGCAUGACGGCGCUGAGGUGGCGGCGGCGGCGGACGGGCGGUGAGGAGGUGGGCGGCGGCGCUGCGGCAUCCAGCGAGGACCCUGUGUGGCCUCAUCGCGGAGACCCCGAUCGUGCCGGCGGCAUUCAUGUGGAGGAGGAUCGCCAGAGGAAUAAGAGGGGGGAGGAAGAACGGCAAAGGUUGGAGCUUUCCGGUGUGGGUGGGAAGGGGGGGCAAACUGCAAAAUUGCAGUGUCUUUCCAAAAUAUAAAUAGAUAUAAGCCUGUAAGAGGAGAAAUAUCUAUCCAGCAGGGAUAAGAAGAUAAAAAGCCAGGAAGCCUUUUGUGGUUAGAAUAGGACGCAGGAAGAGGCAGAAGGAAACCGGUGUGGGAGUCUUAUAGGAACCGCCGAUUCCAAAAUUUUCAAUAAUGCCACUGUCAAUACCGACCGUUCGAUCUGAGGAGUAACAGAAUCGGACGAGUGAAAAAUUUUCACGGUGUGACGGCGUAAUUUUUGGGUACGUAAGAAAUAGAGAGUGAUUUGUGGAAACGGUCAACGGGUUGAUUGCAUCCGCUCAAUGUGGAUCGGACGGCUGGAAGCCGUAGUGGAUGACGUGGCGGUAAGGACGUGCCGGGUCCGCCACGUAAUCUUCUGCGGAUGACGCAUCCGAAGAGCGGUGACGUGGCAUUCCGAUCGGCAAGUCAUUCUUCGCCACUAGUUUCUUGACGGGACGUUUUUUCGGACAAACCUCUCAAAGUCUAAGAUUUGAGCCACGUGGGAAUGUCCAGAUAGGUUACGGAAUGGGCCUUUUUUGGGAAAAUGGACGUGAAAAAAGCACGUGAUUCGCUGUGUGGCCCAGAGCCUUUUGAAAAAUGUCAACUAUUGGAUCGUGAGACCGCUUGUUGAACGUCACUUUUAGCACGUUUACAACGUUUAGCUUGCCGUGAAGCUUCCUUCGCAGCUGAGAAAAAGGUUAAAUCCACAUCUAAUAAAAAUAAAAGAGAGAGAGAGAGAGAGAGAGAGAGAGCAUGGGUCCCACUCAUUUGUUUCUAGCAUAA